AUGUUUGUGUCACUGUACUUGACGGUGCUUGGAUCGCUGGUGACUGUGGCCCUCGCACAGAAAGUCUGCGAGGUUGUUCCGUUGGGCGGCAACGAGGAUGAUGGGCCUGCGAUCAACAGCGCAUUCGAGGAUUGCUCGCAGAACGCCACGGUGGUCCUCGACCAAUAUUAUUCUGUUGAUAGCUUGCUCUACACUGCAAACCUGAGCAAUGUCACUAUCGUGCUAAGCGGCACAGUGCAAUACACUCCCGACAUCGCGAAGUGGUCCCCUGGUAGUUACUACAUGACAUACCAAAAUGCAACCACCUUCUGGUUCCUCUCAGGAACCAACAUCCACAUGUACGGCGGUGGUACAAUUGACGGCAACGGCCAAGUGUGGUAUGAUACUCUGAACGAAACUUCGAAUGCGGGAACUGCAGGCGGCUCGUCGAUUACUUUCGCCCGCCCGGUUCCGCUUACGGUGGGCAAUGCAUCGCAUGUCCUCAUUGAAAACAUCACCGAAAUAAACUCUCCGUUCUGGAACAAUUUCGUCUUCCAAAGCACCAAUGUCACAUACAGGAACAUCCAUAUAAACGCCACAUCAUACUCCAGCGCACCCGCAAAGAACACUGACGGAUGGGACAUCUACCGCUCCUCUGACGUGACUAUAACGGAUUCUGUCAUCAAUAACGAUGACGACUGUGUGUCGUUGAAACCAAAUAGCACAAACAUCAUAGUGAGCGACUUGUGGUGCAACGGCUCGCACGGCGUGUCUUAUGCUGGCGAGACGGAUAUUGUAGCUAAUGUCACAGUUUUCAAUAUCACGAUGCGAUACGCGGAGAAUGGCGCACGCAUCAAGGUCUUUGGUGGCAGUCCGUACCUUAAUAGCACAACUGGCGGCGGCACCGGUUAUGUGAAUAACAUCACUUUCGAAGACUUCGCUGUGUAUCAUGUGGACAACCCCAUUCUGAUCAAUCAGUGCUAUUUCACCAACGCCAGCAUCUGCCAGCAGUACCCUAGCAACUUGUCCAUUUCAGACGUUCACUAUAUUAACAUCACGGGAACCUCCUCCGGCGCAGAGGGCACUGUCGUCGCCGAUCUGGAAUGCUCGGCCGAAUGCCAGGACAUCACCGCAGAGGGCACCAAUUUGACCUCUCCCAGAGGAAAUGCAACCUAUAUUUGCAAGAACAUCGCCAGCGAGACCGAACUCGAUUUCGACUGCACGUCACCCAGCUAG